GCAGAAGAGAACGUUUGGGGCACAGGCGGAAGCAGAACAAGCAUGUGUCACCACCUUCACCUUCGGGAAGUACAAGGGCAAAACUUUUCCGUGCGUGAAGAAGAAUGCCCACAACCAUUUUAUGUGGGUGUGGCAUGAGCGGGACAGCCUCUUUAAGAAGUACCUUACAUUGCAGCAAAGCCUAGUGACAGAAGGCAUUUUUUCGGAGGAGGUCUUGGCUGCAGGACGUGACCAUGAGAACGGGGCAUUGGAGGUCAUCGGCUCGUGGAAGUCCGCGGGUCCCGAAGACGCUGUUGUUGCCGAGCAGAUCACGGAGAUCGCAGCCAAAAAGCGAAGGAAGGUAGCCCUCCCGCCGGAGCAGCAGACCGAGGAAUACAAUACCAAACCAGUGCGCAGAGCACUGGUACUGCAAGCACGCACUUGUCUUCAGCUCAAGCGAGCCAGCCUUUGUAGUUGGUGA